AUGGAAGAAAAGCUGGAGACGUUCUGCAAUAAAACUCUGGAUGAUUUGGAAAAUUGCACAAAGCGGUAUUCAAGAAUGGUUACUGUGAUGAACGGGACCCAGGAGGCUCAUUCCGGACCGGAAGCUGUGAUCGUUCCACUGUGUUUUGGCGUUGUUUUCGUCAUCGGCAUCAUAGGUAAUUUAUUUCUUUUAUACUAUGUCCUACGCAAAAGGCGUUUGAAUACGCCUCACAAUUGCUACGUGGUAAAUUUGGCGGCAGGGGACAUCGUCAUGAUCACAGUAGCUCUGCCCUUUAUUUCAACAAUUUACACUACUGUUGAAUGGCCUUUUGGAGAGACAAUAUGUAAACUAAGUGAAUUUGUACAAACUCUUUGUACAGGUGUCACUAUAUUUUCAAUAACGGCACUAAGUAUUGAACGUUACCUUAUAUUGUCAGUAGCUGAGCCAUCGGGGAGAAAUAAAAAGACUCUGAUAGUCAUUAUUUUGAUUUGGAUAUUUGCUUUGAUAUUGGCCAUACCAGACUUGGUGUCAGCUAACAUUGUCAUAGGGGAGCCUGGAUCACUGGAGUUCUGCUUUCUGUAUCGUCCUACCUGGUCCGAACUCUAUGCGCAGACUCUAACUAUUGUUAAGCUCCUGUUCCUGUUCGUUCUACCGCUACUUAUUCUGACGCCAUUCUAUAUCAUGAUUGUUUUGACACUAUUGAAAACUGACCGCAAUGGACAUUCGAUAAACAGCAAUGGAGCCAUUCCUCUCAAUUCAGAAUCAAACGUUAGUCAAGAUUAUGGACAAAAAAUGGCCAGACAUAGAAAGAUAGUAGCUAUUCUUGUCAUGUUUCUUGUAGCUAUGUUUGUACUUUGCUGGUUACCAAGACAUAUUUUUUUGAUAUGGUUCCAUUUCGUGCCAGGACAAUUUAGUCACUUUUGGAAUGUUUUUAAAAUUACAGGAUUUUGUUUAAUGUUCGCCAACUCCGGUAUCAAUCCGUUGGCAUUUUUGCUUUUCGACUCUGGUUUCCGCCAUUUUGUUUCAUCAUGUGACUGGUGUAAAUCGACUUCCUAUCGACCGGAAGUGUUUGAAGAUUGCACCAGUGGUGCCAAACAAACCAUUGUGCUAACAACAAUGGCGCAUGACCGCAAAAAUAGCUGUGAGGUUUAAACAAUGUACAUUCGAUUUUUCUUAAAUAUAUUUCAACUAAUUUAAAACAUUCA